UUCAAGUUCUGAUGAUGAAGCCGAUAAAAUUAUUGAUUCUUAUAUGUAUACUAGUAAUGUUGAGAAUAAGGAAAUAUAUAAAUACUUAAACAUUUAUCUAUUUAAUCCAUAUAUGAAUACUAUAAUUGCAAGUUUUCAAGAAUUUAGUGAAAUAAACGAAUUGAGUACUAAAAAUACUAAACAAGUGUUAAUUCAAAAUUCUAAAAUCUACUGGCGGAGAAUUGAAGUUGUUAAUUUUUAAAAAAAUCAUCAUUAAUAAACGGAAUAAAUGGAAAUUAAUCUGCAUGAGAAUAGAUAAAUUUAAUGUACAAGAAUAUGAUUUAUAUGAAUUUCACAAGCGUUUUUUGCAUGGGAAUAAGCUAUUAAGUGAAAAUGAUAUUCUAAUAUUAACAAAAAUUGG